CGACACAUGCACGACACCUCGCACGCUGCGUACGCGGAGCUCGUUAACUGCGGCGCCCGGCAGCCAGCGUCGAACUCGGCCCCUCCUCCUCCAAGGCCCGCGGCGCCUCCGCAGACGGCUGCCGGCGAUGCAAGCGGAGGCAACCUCUACUCAGCGCUCCGCUCCUUCAGGGCGAAACGGGCGCAGGCCGAUGGGGUUCAGCCCUACCACGUCGUGCACGACUCCGUGCUGCAGAAGAUUGCGGACCGCUGCCCGACGAGCCUCGAUGAGCUCAAGCUCGUCAACGGCAUCGGGAUGGACAAGAUGAACACUUACGGAAGCGAGAUUGUGCGCAUUUGUCAGGAGUCAGCGCCGGCUCGACCGGCCGCGCCUCCGGGGCCGCUGCCACAAGGCGCCACCACCACCCCGUGCAGCAAGCGUAAGACGCCCGCCACCGGGUCCGGCACCGCCACCGGCACGACGGUUGCCGUCGCUAAGAGGCCCUCGGGGUGGCCGUACGCGUCGUCGCCGGCGCCAAAGCCGGGCAUCCCAUGAGGGCCGGAUGGGCCGUCGCUCUGGUCCACAUCCGCCGACGAGUAGUUCCGGCCGGGGUGUGUGUUGCUGUUGGUUAGGAGCGCAAAACGGUUCGUUGGCAUUUACACGGCGUUGUUGUCUGGUGAGUUUUAUUUCAAAAAAGAUUUCCGGCGUU